AUGGCUGAAUUCGUUGUCAGGGCUUCUCAUGGUAAAGCGACGUCCCUGAGUUUGAGCUCUAAGAAGCUGAAGGAGGUUCCUCAGUGUGUUCUCUCGUUAACAAACCUGUCGGUUCUGCUGAACAACAACCGUAUCACUGCUCUGCCCUCACAGCUGACCUCUCUCCAGCACCUGGCAGAGCUGAAUCUGGGGAAUAACGCCCUGAAGGAGAUUCCAGCUGUUUUGCGCCACCUGGAGUCCUUGAAGAAGCUUUAUCUGUUCAGGAACCAGAUAACAGAAGUUUCACCGGAAGUGAUGGCUGCCCUACGGAAUCUCGUUGUGCUCAAUCUGAACCACAACCAAAUACAGAGACUUCCUCCAGAGAUUAAAAGUUUGAGGAAGCUUCGACAUCUCAGUGUGCUGGACAAUAACCUGGAGGAGGUCCCUGCUGAGCUGGGUCUUCUCACCAAGCUGUCCGAGAUGAACCUGACUUCCAACAAGCUGUCCCGUUUGCCAGAGCAGCUGUACCAGUGUCGAGAGCUGACCAAGCUCCACGUGGCCAGAAACCAGCUGACCAGCCUCCCAGAGGGAAUUGUGGCUCUGGAAAAACUCCAGGUUCUGGAUGUGGCCGGGAACAAGUUGUCCAUGUUCCCUGUUGAGUUUCACCUGCUGCCUCUGAAGGAGCUGCACUGUGAAGACAACCGGUUUGUGCACUGUGAGCCAAUGCCGUCAGUGCAGGAUGCAGAAGUACUCGCAUUAAAGGUAACUAUCAUGAAGUCUGUCCGCUAUGUAAGAUAUAAAAUACCCCCAACAUUUUUUUGUUUCAUCUUUGUUUCCAAGGAACUGGUUGCAAGAUUUGUGCUGUGGGAGAACAGGAACAGGUUCUCUCUGAUCCACAGGAGGCUUCCCCACUACCCACUUCUCACUGCUCUGUUAGCCAAUGGCAGCUGUUGUGCAGUUUGCCUCCGCCCCUUUCUCACCACUUGGCUGGAGUGUGUGCAUUUUGUCAGUCUGAGGAAGGACAUGAAAAUGAGGAGUUCACUGAAUAUACCUGUCCGUGCCCUUCUCUGCUCAUACAAGUGCUUUAAUACAGAGGGACACUCCUACUAUGGCGUUGCUAUAAGAUGAAUGAAGUUCAUGAAAAAGCGGCUGUGAUUGACGGCACAUGAUCUCCAAACCCAAAUCUGUGGGGGGGGGGGGGG